UCCUUCACAGCCACCAUGGUUCGCAGCGGUAUCUGCAGAGGGUUCCUACUGGUGCUCCUUGGCCUCUUGGUUGCCUUUGUACACACAGAGACAGUCGCAGAUCCUGCCUCAACAACCAGGGACAACCAGGACACCAUGUCUGGAGAACCACCCAGUGACGUCACUACCAAAGACCCUUUCCAGGACAUGACAGAGCAGUCCUUCACAAACGACUACGAGGACACCACACACUCCCAGGCCAUGGAUGAGGAGGAAGGGGUGCUGGGGCCGGGGGCCAUCACAGCCAUCGUUAUAGCAGUCUUCCUGGGUGCGUCUGUCCUCCUCGCCCUCAUCGUCAUCACACUCAGAAAGUUCACCGCAUCCUAGAGUGAAUGCAUCCCAUCCCGUGUGUGUAUGGAUGUGUGGGUGUUUGUAUGGCAUGAGUGUUUGAUUUUGUCUUUUGCCUCUCAUCUCGAUCUUUCGACUCCUGACUCUCUCCUCAUCUUUCUUUCAAAGAUGAGUUGUGUCUUUUGCUUUGCUGUAGAUGCUGAAAACUGUGGCAGGUCCCUUGACUGACUACUUACAGAUUUACUCCUGCAAACACACUCUAACUGUUGCUCAACUGUUGCUCCACUUAAUCCUGAAGGUGUAAUGUUAGAAACUGGCUGGCUCUUCCAGUGGAAAUCGUAGUCAAUGUCAUUUUAAUUUUGUUCAGCUUUUUACUUUGUUUUUUUCCAACAUCUUUAUGAAUGCUCUAAAGGAUUUUUGAUGUUUGUGGGCUGUUUGUUUUCUUGUCUUGAGAGGUUGGUGUGAAAUAUCCUGCAUGUGUUUGCUUUUAUUUGUACAUGAUGUGUGUGUGUGUGUGUGUGUGUGUGU